AAGUGUCAACUGUCAAGUGAAGUGUUAAAGUUGAAAGAAAAGGAAAACGUGAAAACGUUCUCAAAUACGAAAUACAAAUAUUUUUAUUUAGCUUUUCUAUUUCUCAAACGACAUUGUAAAGUAUAAUUGCGUCAAACCGAAACAAGAAGCUAGUUGUUGUACUAAUUAUUCGAAAUCGCGGUUAAAUAAUAAUAUACAAAAAGAAAACUAACCCAAAAAAAAUAAAAUUUACAAUGUCUUCAAUCGAUUUCGAUCCAUCAAUAAAGUUGUGCUUGAAGUAUUUGCAUUCAAGCGCACUGGACUCUACAGAACAGCUACGUUUAACUCUCGAUGAUAUGAUUAGGCAGACAUAUGGGAAUUCCAAGACGCUGGGCAAUGUUUUGCCAAAGAAAUAUCUGAAUGAGGAGAAACUGGAGUCCCCUUCGCGUUCUAAACACAAGAAUGAGAAAAGUUCCAGUAGCGCGAAGACUGUGCCUAUUCCACAACAAAGUCCGCAGCAAAUACAGAUUCCUGAGAGGGAGAAUGAUGAUGGAUCUGUUAUGGAUGGGGAACUGGAGUUCGACUUUUUACAGGAAGACUUGACUUGUGUCGUUUGCAGACAAAUAGCAGUGCAGGCGGGAAACCGUUUGGUUGAGUGUGAUGCUUGCCAUGCACUGUAUCACCAGGACUGUCACAAACCAGUCAUCAGUGAUAAUGACAUGGCGACAGGCUGGCAAUGUGCAUCAUGUCUCGCAUCACAAGGCUUCACUCAGGGCUACAAAUCAACAGCAUCGAAGUCUCCUACACAUAUAUCUGGAUCAACUACACCUGUUAAAAUAUCUUCAAGCAGUUCUGCGUCCUCAUCUCCUUCAAAAGUUGUCACACCAAACAUUAAUAUAAUAUCAGCAGACAAACGGAUACAGAAUAUGAAGAAAAAAGCAGCUAAACAACAUGAGAAAAAGAAAAGCAAAUAAUAUAAUGUGUUCUUAUUAGAGUUGUCUGUCUGUAUUAAUUUUGUUCAAAAGUUAAUUAUGAUUUGAUUAACAUUACAACAUCCUCAUAACAUCAUUAUACAUAUACUUAUUCUAAAUUAAAUUUUAAACUAAUAUAAUUAUUACAACUUUAA